AUGGAAACGACCGCGUCUGACAUCAUUUGCCACAGGUGCUACGAGCCGGGGCACAUCAGGAGGAACUGCCCCAUAAUCAAGAACAGCUCGAAGAAGAAAACGAAACCCGCCGGAGCUACCAAGAAUGACUCAAACAAAGAAGUGGCAGUUGUCGACUUCACCCGGGACGAGGACGCCUUCGACAGCGGAUUCAUGUUCGCCACGUGUUCCCGCAUCUCAGGACGCCACUUCGCCGCGAGUUCCACUGGGGUAGGACUGCUGGUAGACACGGGAGCAUCGGAGACCAUGUUCGACAAUCGCCUCAUCCCCGACGGAAACCCUUACGAUUACACCCAGCGAAACUCUCCAACUCACAGGCACGGCCACGGGCGUCCUACACUGCACCGUCAAGGACAAUCGAGGAGAGCAAUUGAGCGUGCGCAUUCAGGGACUCGUCGUUCCGGGGCUUGGUCACAACAGUUUUUCACCCACCUCCCUCCUGAAAAAGGGAUUGCGCUGCGUCGUCGAACUCCGCACCUCGCUAUUCAAGGCAAGGUGAUUCCACUCACACAAGAUUCGCGAGACCAAGGUAUGUGCACCCUCGACAUCACGUUCGAGCAGAACGUCCAGCCAUCUGGCACGAGAUUCCUCGUGCCCCACCAGAAGCACUCACUGACCCACACGGCGAACGCCGUCUGCUUUACGCUUGUGAGCGCGGACACCNAGUUUUUCACCCACCUCCCUCCUGAAAAAGGGAUUGCGCUGCGUCGUCGAACUCCGCACCUCGCUAUUCAAGGCAAGGUGAUUCCACUCACACAAGAUUCGCGAGACCAAGGUAUGUGCACCCUCGACAUCACGUUCGAGCAGAACGUCCAGCCAUCUGGCACGAGAUUCCUCGUGCCCCACCAGAAGCACUCACUGACCCACACGGCGAACGCCGUCUGCUUUACGCUUGUGAGCGCGGACACCUGGCACAGGAGGCUUGGACAUCUCACAUGCUCGGAGCCUGGACAUCCUUCGGAAGGACACUGGUACCGAGGUGGACUAUCGCGACAGUCUCUCCCCUUGCGAGGUCUUCCAGAUCGCGAAACACAAGCAGUCCCCCCACCCAAAGCAAUCGACUCGCGAACUAUCACGGCCUGGACAACUUGUAUCGACAACGUGGGGGCUGUUAAUCCACGUGCGAAAUAUAAAGGAGACUACUUCCCGUACGCGUGCAAGAUCACCGACGACUACAAGAAAAUGAAACAUCUGUACCGGCUGCGCAAGAAAGCUGACACGGCCGAGGCAGCGUACACGUGCAACAUGUGCGUCGCAGCGGCAAAAGGCCAACGGAUCGAGACCAUCCGCUGCGACAAGGGAGGCGAGAACACCGGAUCCCAAUUUCGAGACUACUGCAAGAACUCAGCUAUCAAGCUCGAAUACGCCGCCACCAACACCCCUCAACAAAUCGGUGUAUCGGAACGGGACUGACAAACCUUGGCCGGAGUCACCCGGUGUCUUAUGAAGGAUGGAGAUUUUCCGCCGUCCAU